AGUUAACAGUUAAUUGCACCCUAACUAAUAAAUAGGCAGUCCGUCGUCUAAUCCAUAAUUAGCGCUACCUCGUAACCUCGAGCUAAGCUCGAGUCUCAAGCCUCUCAAGAACAUUGAACAUUCGGUGGCGGACGCAUUCCCACUCCUAUCCCCUAACAAAUAAACAAUAACGUGUGCAUUCACAAGCAGGCACCAGCUAUCGUCAGCCGCCUCCUGCUCCGGUUCUCCCUCAGUCACGCAUUUCGUCAAACAGCUUUGUCUCCCUAUCUGUUUCUCUCUCUCUCUCUCUCUGGAUUUGGGGGAGAGUUAGUGAAGGGUGGAGGAGAAUCUUCUGCGUCAACUAGGGUUUUGGGACUGCCGUAUUGAUGAUCGAGGUCAAAGAUCUAGCAUGAAAUCCUUAAUUAGAUCUUGCGUUGGUUAAAGAGGGUUUUGUCGGAUAUUUUUUGAUUGUGCAUUUGUGCGUACCUCUGUCACUGUGACUAGGACCGGGAGUUUGGGACAUGGCGGGUCGCAGAGUCGGAUCGCUGAUCAGGAGCACCGGUCAAUCACUUCGAGGAUCUCGAAUCGCCGCCGCUGUAAUCGUCGGCGUAAUUGUGGGAUGCGUCUUCGCCUUCUUGUUUCCACAUGGGUUCUUCCCCUCCGAUCCCCAAGCCACCCGCCCUCGUAUCUCUAAAUCCAAUCCCCAGAUUGGCUCAACCCCGUGUCAGUCAUCAGAACGGAUUACCAUGCUUAAGUCAGAUAUAGUAGCAGUCUCAAAGAAGAAUGCCGAGUUGAAGAAGCAGGUGAGGGAGCUGACUGAAAAGCUUCGGUUGGCUGAACAGGGCAAGGAACAUGCACAAAAGCAGUUUAUGGUGUUGGGGGAACAGCACAAAGCUGGACCCUUUGGCACUGUCAAAGGUUUAAGAACUAAUCCAAAUGUCAUUCCUGAUGAAUCUGUGAACCCAAGACUGGCAAAGAUAUUGGAGGAAAUUGCUGUACAGAAGGAGCUCAUAGUUGCACUUGCAAAUACAAAUGUGAAAGACAUGUUGGAAGUAUGGUUCACAAGCAUCAAGAAGGUGGGUAUACCCAAUUAUCUGGUAGUAGCAUUGGAUGAUGAGACCUUAGAUUUGUGCAAAUCGAACAAUGUCCCUGUGUAUAAGAGAGACCCCGAUGAGGGUGUUGAUUCAGUUGGGAAGACUGGGGGUAAUCAUGAAGUCUCAGGAUUGAAGUUUCGUAUUUUGAGGGAGUUCUUGCAGCUGGGUUACAGUGUUCUUCUCUCAGACGUUGAUAUAGUAUACCUACAGAACCCUUUUAAUUAUCUCUAUCGGGAUUCAGAUGUGGAAUCCAUGACUGAUGGUCACAAUAAUAUGACAGCUUAUGGAUUUAAUGACGUCUUUGAUGAACCUGCUAUGGGUUGGGCGCGAUAUGCUCAUACAAUGAGGAUUUGGGUCUAUAAUUCUGGUUUCUUUUAUAUUAGACCUACGAUUCCCUCAAUUGAGCUUUUGGAUCGAGUGGCUGAUCGGCUUACUCGGCCACCGAAGGCAUGGGACCAAGCUGUCUUCAAUGAAGAGCUGUUUUUCCCUUCUCAUCCUGGUUAUGAGGGGCUUCAUGCUGCCAAGAGAACUAUGGAUUUUUAUCUUUUUAUGAACAGUAAGGUCCUCUUCAAGACUGUGAGGAAAGAUGCCAGACUGAAAAAACUCAAGCCAGUGAUUGUUCAUGUAAAUUACCACCCAGAUAAAUUUUCCAGAAUGAAAGCAGUUGUUGAGUUCUAUGUUAACGGCAAGCAAGAUGCACUGGACUCUUUCCCAGAUGGUUCUAGUUGGUAAUAAAGCUGUUGAAGAUCUUGACCUUGUGGACGUGCUCCAACUCACAGAUGGGCUCGAUACUACUUGGUUUGCUACUGUUCAUUGGUGAUUUACAUUCUGAGAAUCCUGCCAAAUCUCUCUCUUUUCAUCUUGUUUUUCCCUUUCAAUUACACCCUCCCCCCCCCCCCCCACCCUUUUUUUUCCUUUUGUUAUUGUAGCUUUUGUUAACAGUCCUUGAGCACUUUUCUGUUUUCUCCAAUAGCCAAAUGUUCUAUAGCCGAAUUUUUUGUUUUCUUCAAUUUUUGUUGUUGGGUUGUUUGCUGCA